UCGGGAUUCUUAAAAUUAUUUUCUAACUUCGUGAAACCUAAUUGAACUCAUAUUAUUUCCAGCCGCCUCCUCUUCACUGUUCUCUCGUCUUCUCUUCUUAUCUCGACUCUGAAUCAUCGAUACCCUCUCUAUGCUCAUGAUUCACUGUUGUCAAAUCGCUUGAUUCUCCGGCUUGCUUUGCUCUCUCAUCACAAUAUCAGCUUUUUUCGGCUCAAAACUCUAUUGGAUGUGGAUGUUCUGUAUUGGAAGAUAAGGAAUUUCUCUCUUUUAUUUUCUUCCUCUAGUGCGAGAGAGACCUCGACCUUCUUCGUUUGCCGCCGUCUCUUCCUCUAGUCAUCAGUUCAACUUCGCAACCAUGAUCAUCUCAGAGAAGAACAGGAGAGAAAUCUCCAAAUACCUAUUCCAAGAGGGAGUGUGCUAUGCAAAGAAGGACUAUAACUUGGCAAAACACCCAGAAAUCGAUGUGCCAAAUCUGCAGGUGAUUAAGCUGAUGCAGAGCUUCAAAUCCAAGGAGUAUGUGAGAGAAACUUUUGCUUGGAUGCACUACUACUGGUACCUGACCAAUGAUGGUAUUGAGUUUUUGAGGAACUACCUCAACCUUCCAUCUGAGAUUGUCCCUGCAACUUUGAAGAAGCAGGCCAAGCCUCCUGGUCGCCCCUUGGGCCCAUCUGGUGACCGCCCACGCGGCCCACCUCGCUUUGAUGGAGGAGAACGCAGAUUUGGUGACAGGGAUGGGUACCGUUCAGGUCCUCGUGCACCAGGGGGUGAUUUUGGUGACAAGGGUGGAGCACCUGCUGACUACAGACCUUCUUUCGGGGGUAGUAGGCCUGGCUUUGGUCGUGGUGCCGGUGGAUCUGGUGGAGCUGGUGGUUUUGGUGCUGGCCCAGCAAGCUCUGAUCUCUCCUAAGGAAAUGGUGUACUUAGACACUGUUUGGUUUCCUAAGAUUGCAUUUAAGAAAGGAUGACAUUCUGUAUUAGGAGACAACAGCAGUUUUGUUUGACUUGCAAGAGUCUUGGGAUUGUAUUAGAUGUUUGUUUUUAUUCUAUAUGGUCUAUGAAUUGCACUUUGCAAAAUUUAUUUUUCUGUUAUCUAUGUCGUUGAGAAAUUUCGUAGAUGAUGUUUAAUAACUAUUUUCCUACAA